GUCAGUUUGGUUAGCUUUCCUGCAAAGGAAAUGUGUUAAAUCAAAAAGUGAAAACCCAGUAAAAACCCACAAAUGCCUGCGCAGGGCGGUAGGUGCAUCGUUAACACCGGCAGCGUUGAACGUGUUAAGAAGAGAAAUUAAAUGAAUUCGAUGGCGCCAGGUGUCGCUGCGUUUUGUUUACGAUAUUGGCUACGCCCAGAGGGAAUAAGAAGAAGGAAUAAGAAGAAGGAAUAAGAAGAAGGAAUAAGAAGUAAGAAGAAUAAAAAUACGAGAGAGGGUCCUUAAAAUAUAAGAUACAAGAUACAGAGGAAUUAGAGGAGGAGGAGCACAGACGAUUAGGAGAAAAGGACUGUUUCACGUCGUAGGUCUUCUCGCCUGGGGACGCAGUGUUAAGCAAGAAGUUGGAGCUCAACAACCUCUGACGCUUACCACCGUGUAAGCGUACAGGGAAGAUAGUGAUCCGACUAUAACCACCGUGUUCUAGUCGCCACUAUUGGAGCUCAACCCAUCCUCACGUUUACCACCGUGUAAUCGUGGGGAGUAGAGUGAUCCGACUUUGACCACCGUGUCCUAGUCGUCACUACUGCCUCUGUAUUGCCCCUGUGUAAUACACGCACUCAGUGAGAUACUGAGGAGCUUUACUCCGGCUCAGAUUGUGGAGGACUAUACUGCCUAUGUAUUAGCACCGUCUAAUAUACGCAUUCAGUGUUAAGCACUGAGGAGCUUUACUCCGGCUCAGAUUGUGGAGGACUAUAAAAGCCACUGCGCAUAACUUAUCAAAUAAUAAAAGCCACUGUGCAUAACUUAUCAAAUAAUAAAAGCCACUGUGCAUAACUUAUCAAAUAAUAAAAGCCACUGUGCAUAACUUAUGAAAUAAUAAAAGCCACUGUGCAUAACUUAUCAAAUAAUAAUAUAAUAUAAGAAUAAAAUAGUGAUAUAAGUUCACAUUUCUCAGCUAGGUGCUUGUUAGAAAUUGUUACAAAAGAUUGCAUUGCAGAACACAUAGCAUUCUUGAUUCAUAUCACUCGCCAUUUUAUAAAAUCUUUGCCAUUAUGGAAGAAACUGAUAUUGGACCAAACGAAAGCCCAGAAAAAGCAUAUCAUUUUGCUCACAUUAUUCAAGGACAUUACCAUCAAGGUGCAGAUUUAUUUCACCCAAAUUCUAGAGGAAAGCAAUGUAUGACUAAUGCCCUUCUAUCAUUAGUGUACAGCUAUGUUAGCAAUGUCAAUAACUGGAUGGCUGAAGAUCUCAACAAAAUAUUGGUAAGUGGAGAUAGCUUUUACACACAGACUCCUAAGUCACAGGAUUUCCUUCUAGUGUCAGAGAUUCCAAAGUAUUUCACAUGUUUUGACAAGAACUUCAAAAUUACAGACAAAACAUCAAUGGUUGGUCUUGUGAAUGCUGUAACUGCUGAAGCUCCAUACAGUGUUCUUGCUGAUAGCUUACAAAGCUUAGAUGCAUCUAACCCAUAUGCUCUCAUUUGUCUUGGUUGCUAUGCAUCUGCAGUUUUUCUAAACAAUGGUCAAUAUUUCUUAUUUGAUUCUCAUGCUCGCAAUGACCAUGGCUUACCAGCUUCUAAUGGCACUGCAGUUUUACUUGCAUUCAACAGUGUAGUAGAUUUAACACAAUAUGUCAAAGUUUUGAGCUUGAAGUUAGGUGCUAACAUUUUUGAAAUGACUCCCAUUGAAAUAAAAACAAUAACACAUAAGGCUCUACAAUUAGGUUUCAAGCGGCAAGGUACAUACCCUCAUAUAGACUUUGGAUGUGAUGAACAAACGGUGACAACACGAACAUUGAUGAAUAACUACAUGAUCAAUCAACUACAGUGCCAAGCACUAAACAAAAAGCAACGUGAGUGUCAACAAUCCAGACAACCUGACCGCACAAAGUAUAUGCAGCAGUACAAACAACGGCAAAGAACAGACACUGAAUAUCAACAUAAAGAGAGAAUACAGCAGCAGCGCACUAUGCAAACGGCUAGACAGCAACCUGAAUUAGCAUCUAAAGAGAGAAUACAGCAGCAGCACAGUAAGCAAACGGCUAGACAGCAACCUGAAUUUGCAUCUAAAGAGAGAAUACAGCAUCAGCACACUAUGCAAACGGCUAGACAGCAACCUGAAUUUGCAUCUAAAGAGAGAAUACAGCAGCAGCGCAGUAAGAAACGGCUAGACGGCAACCUGAAUUGCAUCUAA